AUGUUUUGGCAUAAAACCCAACCUGGUAGCUAUCGGGACGAUCUCGACGAUCGACGCAAGGAUUCGUAUUUGAAAGGAACCAGCAGAAAGAACAAGGACGGUGGGCCUGACCUAACAACUGAGCGCAGAAAUGGCGGCCAUAAAUAUGCAACCGGCAGUGUGAAAAUCUACUCGACGUACUCACUAACAACCAAAAGAAGAGAAGUUGACAAUACACUAUUUGCUCCAAGGGUUAUGGAAGUAUUUCUUCUCUUAUACACGCAUCCCUUCUGGGCCGCUGACCUCGUGGGUGCAGCAUACCUUCUGCUUCUCGCCAUCUAUCGCCUAUGGCUCUCCCCAAUCGCCCACUUUCCAGGCCCUAAGCUCGCUGCCCUCACCCUGUGGUACGAGUUUUAUUUUGAUACCCUCCUUCAUGGCCAAUUUACUUUUGAGAUUGCUCGAAUGCACCGGAAAUACGGACCAAUCGUACGAAUUAGCCCCUAUGAGCUCCACAUCGACGAUCCCGAGUACUACGAAGUGCUGUACUCGCGCGACAGUCCCCGGAACAAAUAUGAAUACUACGUCCGCCAAUUCGGACAGCCGAAGGCCGCCUUCUCGGCCGUCGAACAUUCGCGCCAUCGCCUCCUAAGGGCGAGCAUGAAUCCAUUCUUUUCUCUGGCGCGGAUUCGGCGACAUGAACCGAAGAUUCAGGCUUUGGCUGAUAAACUCUGCAAGAGACUCAAGGAGCUCCAGAAUACUGGGAGGCCGAUUGUCAUUCAGCAUGCGUACACCUGCUUCACGACUGAUAUUGUCUCUGAGUAUGUCGCGGGUCAGGAGUUUCAUUACCUUGAUUCCCCCGACUUCAUGCCACAGUGGUGCGAAACGCUCAGUGGAAUUGCCAAGGCUGGAGUAUUUUUCAAGCCGUUCCCCUGGCUACAUUCUGUUAUGAAAUGUCUCCCGAAGAGUUGGGUCGCACGGGUGGACGCGGGGAUGGGAUUGUUCUUCAGCUUUCAGCAGCGAUGCGCGAACUUGAUUCAAUCCAUCAUCGAGAGCGAGAAUGAGGAACCGGGGAAAUCGGCAAAUAAUACACCCGCUCACCCUGCGUUUUUCCAUGAAGUCUUGAAAAGUGACCUGCCGCCCUCCGAGAAGAGCGCGGAACGGCUCUCUCAGGAGAUGCUGAUUGUCGUGGCUGCUGGUGCGGAGACGACGGCCAAGGCGUUGACCUGGAUUACUUUUCACUUACUUGACAAACCGGAGCUUUUGCAAAGGUUGCUGGAUGAGCUCCAGAGGUUGGAUCCCAGUCAGACAGCUUCAUUGCUGCAGCUCGAGCAAAUGCCGUACUUGAACGGAGUCAUACUUGAGGGUCUCAGGUUAUCUUACGGGAUCAGCUCUCGAUUACCAAGGAUUGCACCAGACAGGGCAUUACAUUACAAGGAAUGGACCAUUCCACCGGGGACUCCAGUCGGAAUGACCAGUGUAUUUAUGCACCAUAAUGAAUCCGUCUUUCCAGACUCGCACCGCUUCAUGCCAGAAAGAUGGCUGGACAUUGACACCAGAAAACACCUUGAGAAAUACAUGGUUGCAUUUAGCAAAGGGUCUAGGCAGUGCAUCGGGAUGAACUUGGCCAAAUCCGAAAUGCUGUUAGCUAUCUCCAAAGUUUUCCGGGAAGUGAAGUUUGAACUGUUCGAGACGACAGUCGAGGAUGUGACCAUGGCACAUGAGUUAUUUCUUCCAUUUCCUAAGGUAGGCAGUAAAGGCGUGCGGGUCAUUAUCAGGAGUUGA